UUAUUUUUCUUGAUUUCCAUGAAACCAACCUUUGGCGUUUCACUCGUACCCGUUCGUGGCUGUCUUUGUUGUGAUUGUGAAUUUGUUUUAUUGUCAACUGAUCGUUUUUUAUUUUUAUCAUUGUUCUUUUUGCGCGGAGGGUUGUCAAACAUUCAAGGACGGAUACCUGUGUGAAGCAACUUAGAUUGUACAAUCUUAACAAACCGUGUAUAGAUGUUGUUACACGAUGGAACUCGACAGCUGAUAUGCUCUCAUCUUUAUUGGCUGCAAAAGAAUUUUGCAAGGAUUUUGCGGGUACUAGACCUCAAUUGCAUCUUUCUGACUCAAGAUGGUCACAAAUUGAAGAUCUAUUAUCCGCAUUAAAACCUUGUAAAAGUGCAACCCUCAGUCUCUAAAAGGAAAACCUUUUACCAGGUGAUUUUUUUGGAAUCUGGAGGAAAUGCAAAUUGCGGACAGAAAUGGUGAAAACCACACUCUCUUCAAAUCUUGCUAAAGCAAUAAAGCGAAGAGAAAAAAUUCUCCUCGGGAAUAAGGCAUUACUUGCAUUCAUGUACUUGGAUGCAAAAUAUUUACCUUUUCUAUCAGAGGAGAAUUGUAAAAUUGCAAAGCAAGUUUUGAAGAAAGUGUGGAAUAAGAUUUCUAAUAAUGAUGAGAGCGUAUCUUCUUCGAUUUCAAUUGAAACACUUGACGAGGACAUGGAUAGGAAUAAUUCCGAAUUAAUGGAAGAAGAAUGCGACGACCUUCUCGAGAUAGAGAGAAAAAAAUAGACGCUCAGCGACAAAGUCGAUUUAAUGAGGAAACAUCGAUCGAUAAAUUAUUAGAUGAUUUCGGAAAGGUUCCCUGCAUCUCAAGGAAGGAAAACAUUCUUACUUACUGGGAACAUCGCAAACAAAUGUCCCCUGAAUUAUUUAAAAUUUCAACCAUUGUCAACACAGUUCCAAUGACACAGGUUAGCGCUGAACGAUUGUUCUCCGGUAUGAGAUUUAUCUUCUCCACAUUGCGCGCUAACCUGAGUCAUGAUAUACUAGAGGACAUACUUGUCCUCAGAACGAAUCAAAUUUUUAUUGAUAAACAAAAGAAAAAAAUCAAUCAAAAAAAUUCAAAAAAGCAAAAGGUAUCCGAAGUUCCUAUACAAGCAACGACAUCUUGCAGUAGUACGGAGGCAAUGUCAAUUGUUUCCGAUGAAAUUUAAAAUGAAAAAUUAAAAAAUGUGCUGAAAAAAAAAUUUUGAAUAAAAUAAAAAUUUAGAUAUUUUAAUCUAAAUUUUUAUUUUAUUUAAAAUUUUUAAAAUUUGAAAUUUUUUUUUUUUAAAUUAAAACUUUUGAUUAAAAUAAAAAAAUUAAUUAAGGAGGUACCCCUUUUACAUUGCAAGUCAAAACAAUGUCCAUUUAAUUUUUUUAUUUGAAUCACGAAGUGCUAAUGCAACGCUUGGCAACACUGUAUUUGUUUCACCCCCGUUUUACUUCGUGUCGACUGCAAAUGUUUUAAUUAUGUCGGAAUUAAAUUUAUUAGCAGAAAAUUCUGUGAAAACACCAAAUAGUUUUUUUUUCUUAUUUCACCUAACAGUUCAUUUUUUUAAGAUAUCAAUAAAUUUUGC